GAAGAAAGUCACCUCCCUCAGUUUGAGUACCUGCCUCUGCCUAGCUGAACUGAGGUGUACAUUUAUACCUGCUAAAUUUUCUCUUGGUCUAGUUGCCCAUUCUUUCCACUUGUCCUCCCAGCCAGUCAAGCUCUCCCUGCGGCGAGAUCAUCCUCUGGGAGAACAGUAAUCCUGAAGUUUCUGAGCUAGCUAGGCUGUGGUCCAAAUUGCAGUGGGCCGAUGCCCAUCUCUUCUGAAAGCCAACCCUAAAUCAGCUCCCUUAACAUGCUGCUUCUUGUCCUGAUUCUCUUAAGGUCAUCUGUUCUGUCAUAGCCCCAGCCUUUCCUUCGAGAAGCCUUAACAAACAUCUUAUCAAGGUAAGCACUGCCUCACAUCAGGUAAUAUUGAUAAGAUGAUGAGAGAGAAUAUUCUCACACGAGAUGAUUGCUGUUUCCUGAAGGGAUAAAGCCUCACGAGGGAAGACUCCUGUGGUUCUCAUAGGUAAGGGCUGGUCUCCCAAAGCUGUUAACAUAGUUCCUUUCAGAGGAGGAAGACAGAAUACCCUUACUUAUUUCUGGGCGCUUUGUGGGCUGGUGUGCAUCUUUCACAUCUUAAAGACUCCCAGACCCUGAGCUGGGCGAAGUCCCAACCCUGAAGAACCUCUCCAGGAUCAAGGUUGCUGAUUUUUCCCUGUUGCCUAGACAGGCUCCAAACCACCUCUUGACAAUGGGAAACUGGGUGAUUAACCACUGGUUCUCAGUUUUGUUUCUGAUAAGUGAUGCUACUUGGUUGGGGCUGAAUGUUUUCUUGUUUGUACAUGCCUUUCUGUCCUAUGAGAGGGCUGACCAGUACUACCACACAAGAGAAAUCUUGGGAAUGAGUAUCACAUUGGCACUGGCCUGGGUCUGAGCCUCUGCUCGCUGCCUGAAUUUUAACAGCCUGCUGAUCCUGCUUCCUGUGUGUUGAAAUCUGUUGCCCUCCCUGAGGGGCACCUUCCCAUUUUUCAGGCACACCCUGAGGAAGCAACUGGAUCAAAGCCUCACCUUCCACAAGCUUGUGGCAUAUAUGUUACAAACAGCUAUCCACAUCAGUGCACACCUGUUCAACUUUGAAUGAUACAGCAGAAGCCGGCAGACCACUGAUGGAUCCCUUGCAUCUAUUCUCUCCAGCCUAUCUUAUCAAGAGAAAGAAGGGGAUUCUUGGUUAAAUCCUAUCCAGUCCCUGCACAUGACAGUGGAAUACGUGGCAUUCACCGGCAUUGCUGGUCUCACUGGAGUGAUAAUCAUAAUAGCUCUGGUUCUUAUAGUGACUUCAGCUACGGAGUUUAUCUAGAGGAGUUAUUUUGAGGUCUUCUGGUAUACACACCAUAUUUGUAUCAUCUAUGUCAUUGGUUUAGGGAUUCAUGGCAUUGGUGGAAUUGUCCGGGGUCAGAUGGAAGACAGCGUGAAUGAGAGUCACCCUUACAGGUGUGAGGAGUCUUUCAUGAACUAUGAUCAUGACUCCUGCUGCAAGCAUCCCCAGUUUGAAGGGCUCCCUGCUGAGUCUUGGAAGUGGAUCCUUACACCAGGCAUUCUUUGUAUCUUUGAAAGGAUCCUCUGAUUUUAUCACUUCCAACAGAAGUUUGUGAUUACCAAGGUUGUCAUACACCUAUCCAAAGUUUUGGAAUUGCAGAUGAAGAAGCAUGGCUUCAGCAUGAAAGUGGGACAGAAUAUUUUUGUUAAUUGCUGCUCAAUCUCUUCCCUGGAGUGGCAUCCCUUUACUCUGACCUCUGCUCCAGUGGAAAACUUCUUCUCCAUUCAUAUCUGAGCAGUGGGAGACUGGACAGAAAAUCUCAUAAGGGCUUUUGAACAACAGCAGUCACCAAUUCCCAGGAUUGAGGUGGAUGGCCCCUUUGGCCCUGUUAGUGAAGAUGUUUUCCAGGAUGAAGUGGCUGUGUUGAUCAGAGCAGGAAUUGGGGUCACCCCCUUUGCCUCCAUCUUAAAGUCCAUCUGGUACAAAUUUCAGCAUGGAGAUUGCAACCUCAAAACACAAAUGGCCAGUCAUGCAGCAUUAAACUUUGGCAAGGCUGCUGACAUCCUGAUAGGUCUGAAACAGAAAACCUCCUUUGGGAGAUGUAUGUGGGACAAGUUUUCUACAAUAGAUACCAUCCACCCCAAGUCUAGGGUAGGAGGCUUCUUCUAUGGGCUGCACACUUUGGCAAGGAGCCUGUGCAAAUGCUCUCACCAGUACUCCAGUCUGGAUCCUAGGAAGGUGCAAUUCUACUUCAACAAAGAAAAUUUCUGAAUUAGAAGAAUAAGGAUGGUAAUCUGUAUUAGUCUCCCCCUAAUUUCAUCUUCAAAAACAUGCUUGGUCUGAUCAAGUGUGGGCAGCCACCUGAGAACAAUCCCGUGCCUUGGCUCCUUGGAAUUCUUUCUUGAGUGGAUUCCACGUCAUCAUCACCAAGCUUCAUGAACCUAAGAACUUCAGAAGUCACAAUAAUUGCAAAGCCCAUGGAUUCUGUCUUGGGAAAAUAGCUGUAGAUCCUUUCGGAAUGCCCAUGACCACCGCAAAGCCUGAUAGUAAAGGUGGUGGACAGUUACACCAUUUAACCCAGGAUGAUUCCAAGUGUUACCAUCUCCUGGACUCGGGGUCAUAU